AUGAUUGGUGGAGAUGACUUAGAAGCUUAUGAUCAUGAGGAGGAUGCUGAUGGUGGAUUAGAUUGUAGGGGUCAAAGGUUUCUAGUACAUAAACCUCAAAAGGACAUGACCAACUACAAAUUGGAGGUAGAAACACUUUAUGCAUCUAGGCAAGAAUUUAAGGAUACUAUGUUAACUUAUACAGUUCAUACAACUAGAAGUAUCAAGUUUAAGAAGUGUGAUUUGGUGAGGGUGAGGGUUGUUUGUCAGAAAGACUACCCUUUUUGGCUUUAUGCACACAGGGUUAGGAAGGUGUCAACAUGGCAAUUAAGGAGCAUGAAUUUACAACAUACUUGCAUGCAAAUACACAGGGUUGGCAUAAAGUACUCCAAAUGGCUAGGCAAGCAGUUUAAGAAGAAGGUGGAGUAUAAUCUAAGAAUCAAGAUAAAAGAGUUGGUGGCAAAGGCACACAAGAAGUGGAAUCUGACUGUGACCAAAUCGAUGGCAGCAAAAACCAAGCAAGAGGCACUAAGCCAGAUUCAGGGUGCAUUUAGCAAGCAGUAUAAGAGGAUUAACGAUUAUUGUGAUAAACUUCUAAGAGCAAAUCCAGGGUCAUCCAUUGUCCUCAAAGUGAUUCAAUCCCCAGAUUUUGCUCAGGAGAUCCAGAACCCAAACUUGAUGAACUACUGUGUAUUCCAGAGAUUGUAUGUAUGCUUUGAUGCAUGCAAGAAAAGCUUCCAACACUGUAGACCCUUUAUUAUUUUGGAUGGAUGCUUCCUAAAGGCUCUUCAGGGUGGCCAGCUGUUGAAUGCAAUAGGAAGAGACCCCAACGACCAAAUCCUUCUGAUUGCUUAUGCGGUAGUUGAAGCAGAGACAAAGGACUCCUGGGUUUGGUUUCUUCACCAUCUUGCUAAUGAUUUGGGGGUGAAAAAAAUUGGAAGAUGCAUCUUCAUGUCUAAUCAGCAAAAGGAAGAAAUUCCCUGGAUUGGAGCUGAAGAACAGAAUGUGGCAGUGUGCAAGGUCAACUUAUUGGAAGGAUUGGGAGAAGGAGAUGAAAUAAUUGAGACUAAAGAAUGA